UUUUUAUGACUUCUCUUUUUAUUAUAAUUGAUUAAAUUAUGAACAGUUUAAAGAUUCUAAACUUAUGACCUCAACUGUAUGCUAAAUGCUUUACUUUUUAGAUUUGAACACCCUGCUGGAGACUAUAAGAAGAUCUUUGAGACUGUGGAGGAGCUCAGUGAACCGCUUCCAGCGACAGUCUCUGGUCGAAUCCCAUCGUUUAUAAGAGGAAGUCUGCUCCGCUUGGGUCCAGGUCUGUUCGAGGUCGGAUCUGAACCCUUCUAUCAUCUCUUCGAUGGCCAAGCCCUGAUGCACAAGUUUGAUUUCAGCAACGGUCAGGUCACCUACGUCCGCAAGUUCAUUAAAACAGACGCUUAUGUUCGUGCCAUAACAGAGAAUCGUGUUGUAAUCACUGAAUUUGGAACAUGCGCUUACCCGGAUCCCUGCAAGAACAUCUUCUCCAGGUUUUUUUCUUACUUCAAGGGCGUUGAGGUGACGGAUAACUGUCUGGUGAACGUUUACCCCAUCGGAGAAGACUUCUACGCCGUCACGGAGACGAAUUACAUCACGAAAGUGAACCCGGACACUUUAGAGACUCUAAAAAAGGUGGACAUGUGCAAAUACGUCAACAUAAACGGGAUAACGGCUCACCCGCACAUCGAGAGAGACGGCACGGUGUACAACAUCGGAAACUGCAUGGGGAAAGGAGCCUCGCUGGCUUACAACAUUGUCAAGAUCCCACCCAAGCAGAAAGAUAAGUCAGACCCGAUUGAGAAAUCCAAGGUGGUGGUGCAGUUUCCCAGCGCGGAGAGGUUUAAACCGUCCUACGUGCACAGCUUCGGGAUGACGGAGAACUACUUUGUGUUUGUAGAGACGCCCAUCAAAAUCAACCUGCUGAAGUUCCUGAGUGCCUGGGCUAUUCGCGGAUCCAACUACAUGGACUGCUUCGAAUCCGAUGAGCAGAAAGGAACAUGGAUUCACAUAGCCACGAAGGAUCCAGGCGAGUACAUCGACUUCAAAUUCAGGACUUCAGCCAUGGGACUUUUCCACCACAUCAACUGUUAUGAAGACUCUGGGUUUAUUGUUUUCGACCUGUGCACCUGGAAAGGAUUUGAGUUCGUGUACAACUACCUGUGGCUGGCGAACCUGCGUCAGAACUGGGACGAGGUAAAGAAACACGCCAUGAUCGCCCCUCAGCCGGAAGUGCGCAGGUUUGUCGUCCCGCUGGAUCCCUACAGGGAGGAACAGGGGAAGAAUCUGAUCGCUUUGCCGUACACUACAGCCACAGCGACGAUGUGUGAAGACGGAACCAUCUGGCUGGAGCCUGAGGUGCUUUUCUCCGGCCCUCGCCAAGCCUUCGAGUUUCCUCAGAUCAACUACAAAACGUGCAACGGGAGGAACUACACGUACGCCUACGCCCUCGGCCUUAACCACUUCAUCCCCGACAGGAUCUGUAAGCUGAACGUAAGGACCAAGGAGACGUGGGUGUGGCAGGAGCCGGACUCGUACCCGUCAGAGCCGCUGUUCGUGCAGAACCCUGACGGGGUCGACGAGGACGACGGUGUGCUGCUGACCAUCGUGGUGUGUCCCGGAGCACAGAGACCGACGUACUGCCUGAUCCUGAACGCCAAGGACCUGUCGGAGAUCGCCCGGGCCGAGGUGGACGUCAUGUCUCCCGUCACCUUCCAUGGCAUGUACAAGCCGUAAAAGUGCGUUCCGGAUCCUUCCGCGUCAUCUCCGCGAACACGUGUGCGCAUUUCAGAUCAGUGUUUAUAUCCCUUCGUACUGUGUGUCUGUUUUCGGAGUGGGACCGUGACCAAAAUGUAUGUUGUAUGGCUAUAAUGUGUAAUGUUGUGCUGGCUAUAAAACAAUGAUGACUUGUUUGAAGACUUUCCCAAGAUGGAAAACAGCUUCUCCUCACUUGUCCACCGUACAAGCCUCUCUCUCUCUCUCUCUGUCUCUCUCUCUCAAAAACAAACAAACAACAAGAAAAAAAAAACCCCGGUUCAUGUCAUUUUACCGAGAUAUCGGAAAGUGUAACUCUGAAUUUUCCGUUACAAAGCGCUUACAAUAGAGACCCCGUCCAUCAAUGUUAAACGUCUCCCCUAAUUAAAAAAAAAACAAAACAAAAACACUUUCACAUCAACAAAUAUUUUACUUUU